AUGUCGCUUUGGGUCGACAAGUACCGCCCACGUACGCUCGAUGACCUGUCGUACCACGAGGAGCUGUCCUCGCGGUUGAGGUCACUUGCCGCGUCCGGUGACUUCCCGCACAUCAUGUUCUACGGGCCAUCAGGCGCAGGCAAGAAGACGCGCAUCAUGGCGACCUUGCGCGAGUUGUACGGACCAGGCGUGGAGAAGCUCCGCAUCGACCAGCGUGUCUUCGUCACCCCCUCAAACCGCAAGCUCGACGUCAACGUGGUCCAGUCCAACUACCAUAUUGAGCUCACCCCCUCAGAUGUGGGGAUGUACGACCGCGUCGUGAUCCAAGAUAUAUUGAAGGAGAUUGCCCAGACGCAGCAGGUCGACCUGAACGCAAAACAAAAGUUCAAGGUGGUGAUCAUCAACGAGGCCGACGCGCUCACCCGCGAUGCUCAGGCUGCACUACGUCGCACAAUGGAGAAGUACAUGACCAACAUGCGCUUGAUCAUGUGCGCAAACUCAACGAGCAAGAUCAUCGCGCCCAUCCGCUCUCGCUGUCUUUUGGUGCGCGUCGCAGCCCCAACCGACGAGGAGAUGACUGGCGUUCUGAACCAUGUGGCGAAGAAGGAGCGCUUUGUGCUCCCGGCAGCUGCGGCGGAGCAGAUCACGUCCGCAUCUGACGGCAACCUCCGUAAGGCGCUGCUCGUGCUCGAGGCCAUGCGGAUGCAGCAGCCCGACAUGCGUGGCGGGGCGGAUGUCGCGCGCCCCGAUUGGGAGACGUACUGUGCCAAGGUCGCCGACUCCAUUCUUGGGGAGCAGAGCCCACAGCGCCUCCUCGAGGUGCGAGGCAAGCUGUACGAGCUGCUGUCGCAUUGCAUCCCGCCGGCCGUUGUGCUGAAGACGAUCUCUGAGCGUAUCGUCGACCGCGUCGAUGACGAGCUCAAGCCCCAGAUCGUGCACUGGGCUGCACACUACGAGCUGCGCAUGCGCCAAGGGUCCAAGAAGAUCUUCCAUCUCGAGGCAUUCUGCGCCAAGGUCAUGAUGGUGGUCAAGCAUUUCAACCUGAUGGGCGUGGUCGAGGACUGGGAGUAG